AUGUCGAGGCGAGAGGACGUGUUUGACGAUCGAGCGAAUUGUGUGGCGGAUCGCUGUCUGGCGGGGUCAGCUCAGGCGACUGAGUUGUUCCCGUCGGCGGCCCCAUCCGGCCCCCCACUUAUGACGAACUGGCGCCGACUACCUGACAACGACUUGGAUAUCUCUUCUCGUGACGUUUCUCGGUCCCAGGAGCGCAUGCUCGUGCGAAUGCACAAGCUUGCACACGGGGGUGACUACCGUGGUCGCGAGGACGACGUAGCAGCCAUGCUUGCCUACUGCAGGAUCCGGGAGGCUGCUGCACUGCCGGGCACGGGGCGACAAGAGGCGGGUGAGACGGUGGGGGCCUCGCCAGGCGCAACGUCUGCGUCCCUGGCGACGGUGGUCUCACUGGGUGCGCCACAGGUGCCGGCCGUGCAAGAGGUCGGUUCGCUCGUGGUUACAACUACGGCCCUGCGACAGCAAGAACCCGUAGCCACACCAGUUUCUGCCCUGCCGUGUGCGAAGGGCACUACCGCGGUCUGCGCGGGUGUAAAGUCAGCUCGAGAGGCCGCCGUGAUCGAAGAUGACGACAAAUUUCCAGACGCAAAUCUUGCGGAGGCCAUUGCCGACGCAGACAGACGUGACGUUGACGAUGCCCGUGCACUCCGGAAUCGCUGGGCUGACAUGGCUGACGACUCUGACGUUCGCUCCCGAGCCUCCGGCACUGUUCAGCCGCGGAAGAAGGAGCCUGAGGCCUCCCGCGCCACCACUGCCCCUGCGGCCCAGACGGUCGCAAAGAAUGCACGCGCGAGGGAGCAGCGGUCCACCACAGGGCCUGUUGCCGUGAACCACCCUGACGAGGACAGGUUCGUCACCCCUGCCAGGCGGCACACGGCAAGGGGGGCUGCCGUACGUCCUGCGCUGCCGCUGCCGACCUCCAACGCCUUCCAGGACGCGUUUGAUGACGUCACGGAUGACGCCGGCGCACCACCCCGGAAAGCAGCGCCGCGCCCCCCGCUGAUUGUGGUACAGUGGGACGGCCCUUAUAAGCCAUUCGAGAAGAUCACUCGGGUGGCGCCCACUGCCAGCGUCAGGACUGCCGGCAAUGACCUUUACCGGCUCUCCGUGACCACUGUCGAGGACUACCGCGCAGUACAGCUUGGCGCCAGCUUCACUGAUGCUGCCGAGGGAGGGGCGCCCGCCCCCUCCCCCCAGCAGCCUGCUGCCUCCAAUAGCGCUGCACAGCAGCGGUCUGCCUCGUCCGAGGUGGCUGCUUCCCCUGCACCCACGCCUACCGAACCAGCUACCGCCGCCCGCAAGCGCCGCCGACGGCCGCGCUGGACCGCCCCCGCGGCGGAACGGCCGACCACUCCUGCCCCAUUGGCGCAGCAGCAGUCCGCCCCUCGAGCUGCGCCCCCGCGGCAACCGCCUCCUGGAGUCCCUCCCCAGCCUGCUGUUCCUGCCACGGAGGCCGCCCCAGAGGCCCCCACAGCCCCCGAUGCAGCUGAGCUCCGAAUCAAGACUUAG